CCUGACUGAAGUUUGUUGGAAGGAAGUUGCGCUCGUUCGCAGAGACUUCCAGUCGGGACAGAAGUGAGCUGAUCUCGAGGUCAGAGGAGGAACAAGAGACGGAGUGUUGUCCCGAAGACUCGUUCCGAGGUGCGCUUUUUAAAGGAAGCCGGACACCAGUUCACCAACGCUCUGACUGAGAUUUGAGAUUAUUUUUUAUUUAUUAUUGUUAUUAUUAUUGUCUGAAGCGCUCGAAUUAGGAAAUAGUGCGCAGUGGAUGUGAGAGCGGCCAGAGCCGGAGGAAUGUAUCCAGACCGUGUGUGGAGAUGUCCCGCCUGCGCGCUUUGGAUCGCGCUGCUCCUCCAGAGCGUCCUGGACCGGAGCGCGUCUGGCUACGACUUCCCUCAGGACCCCAGCGUGUUGGCUGCUUCUUCAUGGAACACCACAAGUGAUGGGCCUUUCAUCCAUCUUGAAGCUCCCAUGAACAACAUAACGACCUCUCUGGGUCAUACAGCUGACCUUCUCUGCCGUGUCUCAGGGAACCCACCCCCCACCGUGCGCUGGCUGAAGAACGAUGCCCCCGUUGUGCAGGAGCCAAGGCGGGUCUCCUACAGAUCCAUGCCGUACGGAUCACGUCUCCGAAUUCGAAACCUAGACACUACUGACACCGGCUACUUCCAGUGCGUGGCGACCAACACCCACGGCUCCGUCUCCACCACCGGGGUGCUGUUUGUCAAGUUUGAUCCACUCCCUACACUUCUGCCAGGAAGGCCCGCGGAUGACAAUGAUGAAGAUGGGUUCUGCCAGCCUUACAGAGGCAUCGCCUGUGCCCGCUUCAUCGGUAACCGCAGCAUCUUCGUCGCCUCGCUUCAGAUGCAGGGGGAGAUAGAAACCCAGAUCACAGCUGCCUUCACCAUGAUUGGUACGUCCAACCAUUUGUCCGAUCGUUGCUCCCAGUUCGCCAUCCCGUCCCUCUGCCACUUUGCCUUCCCGACGUGCGAUCGCAGCUCGGGGUUUGACAAAGCUCGGGACCUCUGCAGGGACGAAUGUGAGAUCCUGGAGAAUGAUUUGUGUAAGACUGAGUACAUCAUUGCCCGCUCCAACCCGCACAUACUGAAGAGGCUGAAGCUGCCGAACUGUGAGGAGCUGGCUGCUUUUGACAGCCCAGAGGCCGCCAACUGUCUGAGGAUUGGGAUCCCCAUGGCUGAGCCCAUCAACAAGAAUCACAAGUGUUACAACAACAGUGGAGCAGAUUACAGAGGGACGGUCAGCGUGACCAAGGCGGGGCAUCAGUGUCAGCCGUGGAACUCCCAGUAUCCUCACAGCCACACCUUCCUGGCGGUCCGCUACCCUGAGCUAAAUGGGGGGCACUCGUACUGUCGCAACCCAGGAAACAAACACGAAGCCCCAUGGUGCUUCACGCUAACUGAAGGGGUUCGCAUGGAGCUCUGUGAUAUCCCCAUCUGUGACUAUAAGGAGAAGUCAAGUGGUAACAUGGAGAUCCUCUACAUCCUGGUCCCCAGUGUGGCCAUCCCCUUAGCUAUUGCUUUGCUCUUCUUCUUCAUUUGUGUGUGCCGCAACAACCAGAAGUCCUCCCGGCCUCCCGCUCCACGCCAGCCAAAACCGGUCCGAGGACAAAACGUGGAGAUGUCCAUGCUCACUACUGCUUACAAACCAAAGAGUAAAGCCAAAGAGCUGCCCCUGUCGGCGGUGCGUUUCAUGGAGGAACUUGGAGAGUGCAUGUUGGGGAAGAUCUACAAGGGUCACCUGUACCUGCCAGGCAUGGACCAGGCUCAGCUGGUGGCCAUCAAGGCUCUGAAAGACAUUUCCAACUCCCAGCAGUGGAGCGACUUCCAGCAGGAGUCAGCGCUACUGACCGAGCUGCAGCACCCCAACGUGGUCUGCCUGCUGGGAGUGGUCACCCAGGAGCAGCCCGUCUGCAUGUUGUUUGAGUUCCUGCCACAAGGGGACCUCCACGAGUUCCUCAUCAUGCGCUCGCCGCACUCGGACGUCGGCUGCAGCAGCGACGAGGACGGCACCGUGAAGUCCAGCCUGGAUCAUGGGGACUUUCUGCAAAUAGCCAUACAAGUGGCUGCAGGGAUGGAGUACUUGGCUAGUCACUUCUACAUCCACAAAGACCUCGCAGCUCGGAAUAUCUUAGUAGGUGAGCAGUUGCACGUGAAGAUUUCCGACCUGGGUCUCUCCAGGGAGAUCUACUCUUCCGACUACUACUGCGUCCAGCCCAAAACGCUGCUGCCCAUCCGCUGGAUGCCCCCUGAGGCCAUCGCCUACGGCAAGUUCACCACGGACUCGGACAUCUGGUCGUUCGGGGUGGUGCUGUGGGAGGUCUUCAGCUACGGACUGCAGCCGUACUAUGGCUUCUCCAACCAGGAGGUGAUGGAGAUGGUGAGGAAGAGGCAGCUGCUGCCCUGCCCUGAGGACUGCCCUCCAAGGUUUUAUGGUUUGAUGACAGAAUGCUGGCAGGAGGGACCGGCACGUCGACCCCGUUUCAAAGACAUCCACACCCGUCUGCGAGCCUGGGAGGGGCUGUCGUCCCACGCCAGCUCCAGCACGCCCUCUGGUGGAGGAGGUAACGCCACCACUCAAACCACUUCGCUAAGCGCUAGCCCCGUUAGCAACCUCAGCAACCCUCGCUAUGCCGCUGCCCCUGCUGGGUACCUCUACCCAGCCCAGGCUCUCCCUGCACCGGGCCAGAUGGCUCCGAUUCCAUCCUGGACACCCAUGGCUGUACCCCAACCCCAUCAGCGCUUCAUUCCCGUCAACGGAUUCCCCAUCCCUCCAGGAUAUGCAGCCUUCCCAGCUCACUUUGCCCCUCCGGCUCCACCCACCAGAAUAAUCCAGCAUCACCUGCCACCUCCCAAAAGCCGCUCACCCAGCAGUGCCAGCGGCUCUACCAGCACAGGUCACGUGAGCGGCGUGCCCUCCACCACGGGCUCCAACCAUGAGGCCAACACACCGCUGCUUUCCCACUGCAUCAUGCCAGGGAGCGGCGGAGUGCAGAGUCAGGUUUAUGGACAAGUCUCCCAAAAAGGGCUGAAUCCGCUCGACCAUAUCUCGCAAACGUCAGCGCUGCUCACCCCCGACUCCGACAUGCUGAUGUACAAUGACUCUGUUAUCACAGCAGACCUGUAGACCAGCAGAGGGCCGCUUGUUCUCCCACUGCAUGGACUUUAGUUUCUCAACCAGCGAGCCAGACUCACAGACCCAUGCUGGUCACAACGGGACCCAACAGCUUAGUCGCACUUCUGGGUGUGCAAAAACACUCCUUCCACAUCCACACCCCCUUCGGAAAUGGCGGUCUGACUUUGUGAUGCCUUACUGUUAAAGCAAGUGUACUUACCAUCAUGGUUUGCGAAUGGUAAUAUGGUAGCCUCUGUUUAUACAGUACUUACAUUGUGAGUGAGUGAGUGAGUGAGUGAGUGAGUGAGAGAGAGAGAGAGAGAGAGAGAGAGAGAGAGAGAGAGAGAGAGAGAGAGAGAGAGAGAGAGAGAGAGAGAGAGA